UCUGGGCGAUCCACUGACGCGCUCGACGCGUCGCACUUCCGUCUCUCGAUCGGAGCGCUCAGCCCAAGCCUGCCUGCUCAUCAGUCAAUCACACCCGCUUUGCUCUCGCAUCUUGCAUUUUGACUUUACCACCACCACCACUCCAUCGAAUCAUUGAUUUAUCACUCCCUACUCCCCUGUCGUUAGCUCCGACGGCAGGGGUAACAUGGCGUACCACGACCGCGGCAAGCCUGACUCUCGAAGCCCGGAGGGCCACCGCUAUCAUCCGCGUAGAGACUCGUCGAUCACGACGCAGCGUGGCGAAGAUACCAGGACGACUCUGUUUCUCUUCGGCAUUCCUCGCAACGUCAGAGCAGCCGACCUGGCUCAUGACUUCGGCCGAUACGGACCCCUUGUACGCGUUGAAAUCCCUGCCGCCAGAUCUCACUGGGCUACAAGCUACGGCUUCGUACAAUUCGAACGUCACGAGAAUGCUGCGAACGCCCUCUAUUGGAUGAGGGGAACCUACCUUGCCAACAGUAAUAUCGAGCUCCGCAUCGAGUGGGCUAAGGAUCAGUCGAAGGCUGGCUCUGACGCCGCCGACCGAGCAACGCAUGGCUAUGUCUCCUCUUCACGACGCAGCGGUGAGCUUCCAGCGGAGCAGUAUCGCUCUCAUGACCAGCCCCGCCUCACAAGAUCUCGCUCUCGAGCACGCACCCGUUCUCGCUCUCCAUCGCCGCGUCGACGACGCUCUCCGUCCUCUCCUUACUAUCAGCACGAUCAGCCCUCGUCACGCUCGCCGUCGUCUCGUCCAGACCGCGGCGAUGGCUACACGCAGCGUGAGUUGCGUAGGAACCCUUCGCCUUUUCUGACCCAGGAGGAGCGUAGAGAGCAGCGCAAGCGGACAGUGCAUGAGAGGGAGAGGGAGAGGGAACGCAAGGAAAGCAAAGAGAAAAACACCAAUGGCAGCGAUCAGCGCAGGAACAAUGACAGACGUGUCAAUGAGCAGCACAAUGCCAACGACGGCUGCUCCAAGCCUCGAAGCGAGCCCAGGAACGAACGCUCCUACAAUGAUGGCAACAAGCGAGACGGCGCCGUCUUCUCCGCGGAUGACAUUGAAGGUCAGGAUCUGAAGCAAGAGACAAGUGCGCUCGAACCCGGUGAGAAGCGCCAGCGCUCUCGUCCCCGUCUUCGAGAUCUCUUUGCUGCGGCUGCGGCGGAAGAACAGAGCAAGUCCACAGGUGGCACCCGCGUGCUCAAUGGAGAGCAGAGCACUCGUGCGAAUGCACUCGAAGAAAGUCAAGUGAAGGCAAAACAGCAGAAUACGGCCAAGCUUGACGUCGGCAAGGCAAGGGGCAGCGAUGAGCGAUGUCGUCUUUGAGAGGAACGAGGCGCAAGAAGAGGUAUCCACUGACGAUCCAGGCCCGAAAGGGCCAUCGUGAGCAACGAGUCAACACACGAGAUCCAGAGCCCUA